AUGGCUUCCAAAAGAGGUUGCCUUACAAUAAGUGAGGUUGUUUCAGCACUAGGCAAAGAAAAACAGCAAGGUAACGAUUGUAGUUAGAGUGAAUGUUCAUCCUCAGGAAUAGACAAGUCAAGUGAUGAUAAUUUUGAACCUACUUCACUGGAAAAUCUUGAUCCAUGCUUCAAAGACUCGGUUUCUAUCAAUGAGACUAUUCAAGAAGUAUGUAUGUUUUGGAUUUUUCAAAAAAUAUCACGUCUUUACUUGUUGUUUACAACUGUGAAUUGUUCAUACAACCAAAAGCUGCAUUGGUUGCAUUUAUUGACUGCCUAAUAAUUUACAGAAAAGUUAGAGAUACUUCAUGACAAGUUUAUUCAAACUGAAGCAAUACAGAGUGUAGAUUUGUACUGUAUGUAUUGUGGUAGUUUAUGUUUUAGAAUGGAAGAGAAGUGUAACAUAUAUGUUGCUCCUGUGUAUGUUGUAUGAAUGGCAUCAGAGUUUCAUACAAUGGUUUUCUAAAAUUUACUUAUGUCAAUUUUAGGAAUCAAGCAGUAGUGAUGAUGAACCUGAUCCUGAACCGAGUACAUCAUCCAAGAAAAAAUCCACAAGAAAACAUGCCAAAGCCACCCAACAGAAGCCAGCUUGUAAACGUAAGAAAACCACACAGGUAUGUGAAAGCCCUUUCAAAUGGUCCCCAAUGACAGAGAGCCUUCAUAAUAAAAAUGCUGAUGCACCAUUCCUGGAGAAUUGUGGUCCUACAAGGAGGUUAGAUGGUUGUGUAGAACCCAUACAUUAUUUCCUGGCUUUCUUCACAAUGAAUGCUGUCAAUGAAUUGGUUUCUCAAACAAAUUUAUAUCACAAUCAAAAACAUCCUGAUGGUGUGAUCAAUUUGUUAGUGUUUGUGCAGAAGAGAUUUUAGCAUACAUUGGUGUAGUAAUUGCUAUGGGUUUAUGUAAACUACCAAAGAUUGAUGAUUGUUGGAACAAAAAUGGCAUAUCCCAUAUGCCAUGGUUCUCAAAUGUGUUUUCCCGCGACCGAUUUUGACAAAUGAGAAAGUACUUUCACUUCAGAGAUAGUACAAAACGCCCAGCUAAAGAAGACACAGAAUAUAAGCUUUACCAAGUGAAUCCACUCAUUUCUGCCUUGACUCAAACAUUUGCAACUUUGUAUGUGCCCUCCAGGAAUGUGAGUAUUGAUGAAAUGCUACUUGGCAGAAAAUGUCGUGUAUCAUUCACACCGUAUAUGCCAAAGAAACCAAAAAAAUUUGGAAUCAAGAUAUGGGCUCUGUGUGAGGCUGAAACAGGGUAUUGCUGCUCUUUCCAGGUGUACACUGGAAAGGCAGACAGUAACCAGGCAGAACUUGGACUUUCAUACCGAGUUGUAUUUGAUUUGCUCAAAAACUACCUUGACAAAGGAUAUAGACUGUUUAUCAGUAACUUUUACACGUCAGUGCAACUAAUUUUUGACCUUGUUCAAAGAAACACUUUUGUUUGUGGUACACUUCAGGCAAACCGUAAAAAAUUGCCACCUCAAUUGAAAGAGAAAAUCGCUGUUGAUGAAAUUAAAUUUUGGAACUGUGGAAAUUUAGUUUGUGCGCACUGA